CAGGUCCCCGGGCUCCCAGCCACUCUCUACACAGUGGUACAAGGCCAUUGCGUGGUGCAUAAAUCAUGAGGGUGGUGGGGAUCAUUCGGAGAGGAAUUUCCUCCAGCAGCUCGCGCCUGGGAGAGGUGCGCAGCUCCGGCGGCAUCUUUGACCCUUACGUGUACCGAGGGGCCGGGGGUAAAGGCCUUCCUCCGAUGAUGAGCAGCGAAGGCGUGAGGGAAAGGCUCGGCAUCAUGCGGAGCCACCUCAAGUCGGGAGUGUGUGCGGGAAUCAUCCAGAAGCACGUGCCGGACUUCCACGUGUCCAAGUUCCCUCCCGUGGCCAACCAGAUCUUCAAAGAUUUCUUCGAGGCGCACCGAAAAGGAGACACGCGCGCGCUUGCGGGCCUGACUACGGAGGAGCUGUACGCUAGCUUGAAGGGUGAGAUAAAAUCUUCCAAGAGUAGGGGAGCACAGCGAGCCGCGUUUCGAUUGGUGGACUUCAAGGAGCCUACGACGGUGCUUCAAAUGCGGGUUGACCGCAAAAAGCACAUCUCUCCGAAAGAGGGCUGGGGACAGGUGACCUGCAGAUUGUGCAGCGAGCGACAGCUGCUGGUCGUGGACGCCAAGGGGAACGAGGUUGAGGCUAAAGCGGACGAGGAUGCAACGACGGCCCAAAACGUCACCGUCGGUGUAUUUGAGGCGUUUUUCGGGGACUCCGCGGGAAGGUGGAGGCUAGCGCUCGUACAAGAGUUCGCGGAGGCGCCCGCAGGCGCAACUUCUGCUACCGGGAAGACGAAAAAGUCUCCGCAAGCGCAAGCACAGUGA